CGUGGCGCAUUAUUGGAGCCGGGCCCAGCCCUGGCGGUCGCUGAGCCUCAGGCAGCGCCGCGGCAUUCAGUGCUACGCGGCAUCCUCUGGCCAUGCCGCCAGCCUGGAAGUGGCACUGGCAUACGCCGGCUGCACCCCCAUGUCAGAAGCGCUCGACGCCGCCGCGGCGGCGGGCAGCGUGCCCGCCUGCCUACCGCGAGCUCGCCGUGAACUACGCUACGGAGGCAUCGGCGGGUUGUCCGCUGGGGGUGCAGCAGCGGCACCACAGCGUGCGGUCAGGAGGCCGCAGGCACUGACCCCCGCGGAGGAGCGGGCGGUGUUGCGCCACGGCAACACAGUGGCGUUGCAGUGGCUGCGCGGCCGCCACCUGGCAGGUAGGGCCCCGCAGCAGCUGGGUAGCAGCAGCCUUAUGGAGUUGCUGCAGUAUGAGUUUGGCAUCGGUUGUUCUAACUUGCUGUGCUUCAGAAGUUUCGGAGCUUAGUCAGGAUCGGCUGUUCGUUGCUGUUUGUGCCUUUGUGGCGUCGUCUUGAAUUGUGUUGCGUUGUUGAUGGGGGCCCUUUCUACAGUCUCUGUGUUGCUUGAAUCCUAUACCCAUAUGCAAACCCGAGGAGAACCGGAGCGCCCUGAACAAGGGUGCAUGCGUGGCCCUAAACUCAUGAUGUGUAUGUUGAUGGUGUAUGUUUGAUGUGGCACUUUUAGUGUCAAGCAUACUGUGGGCAUGGGCAUUUCACGGGCAGCAGACAGUUGAUGCAUGGCCUGCAACAAGCAUUGUGUUCAGUUGUGUGCUGUGAGAGAGCGGGGAUGUACGCGUAGCGGACAGCACAGCCGUUGCGCAAGCACUCAGUCUUUAUUUGUGCUGUAAGGAAUGAUAAGGUGCAUAUGAGGUUUCUGGCCCCCGGCGCGGUGGGUGUUGUGUGGCAACUGGCAAGGGAGCUUCGCGUGUGGGGACGUGGGGUCCAGUGGGGGCGCGAGCCCAUGAGCCCAUCCAGCGAAGCCCUAGCCCCUGCUUCUGCGCGCGUGUGAAGGCGGGGGCAAGCGCUGUCAGAGCGCCAGGUGGAUGUGGGGCCUCGUGGGCGCAGCAGGGGAGGGCGGCAGGUGUAGCUGGCGAGGGCAUCGGCUCAAGAGCCUCCGGGGCCGGGGGCCCGAGCGGCGGCAUGAUGGAAGUGGCGCACGCAUGGUGUGUGGAUUCCGCAUCCGCGGCACAUUCCAUGUUACCGUUGUGCCUUCACUACUUGCGCAACUGCUACAUGCCGACACACAGAUCUGUUCUCGCUGCAGUUCACUGCUGUUGCUGCCGGCUCUCACUCGCAUCGACUGUAAUAACCUACGUUG